ACUUCUUGAAGUUGUGCACCCCAUUUUAAAAAUAUUUUUUAAAUAAAAUAUAAAAAUUCGUGUUAAUUAUAUUUUAGUUUAAAAAAAUGCUAGUCAAAGAAAUUCAAGAAAAGUAUCCGAUCCAUUAUCUUGUUUGGAACAAUGAUUAUCACGAAUUGGAAAAGGUUUUGAAAGAAAACAAAUAUGAUAUUGAAGCCCUGGAUCCUCGUAAAAGAACACCUUUGAUGCUUGCUGUUUGCUUAUCUCAUCUUGAUUGCGUGAAAGUUCUUCUAUCUUCAAAAUCAAACACUUGUGCUGAAACAAAUGGAUGGACAAUUGCUCAAGAAGCUGUAUCAUCAGGAGACCCGGAAAUCCUUACUGCCAUCAUUUCAUUUCGUGAUUUAUGGCGACAAAAGUCGCGCUCGAUUCAAGUUCCUGAACUACUUACAAAGCUCAAGAACUCGCCAGAUUUUUAUGUGGAAAUGAAAUGGGAAUUUUCUAGUUGGAUUCCUCUGAUGAGUAGAGUUUGUCCAAGUGAUACUUAUAAAGUGUUUAAGCGUGGAUCGCAUGUCCGAAUCGACACGACUCUCAUUGGAUUUGACAACACUUCGUGGCAGCGAGGCAAUCGCAGCUACUUGUUCAAAGGAAGUAACGAUGAGGCACACUUUUAUGAAAUUGACCACGAUGCAAAAGAAUAUUCCAUGGAAAUCAUGAAAGAUAUUGAUGUUGAGCUGUUUGAAAAUGGUAUUCCGCCCACAAAAGAUUCAAUUCAACUUCGUUUACAAACACCAAUCAUCAGCAAUUCGAUAGAUAUCGAUAAGAUAAGUUUCGAAAGAAAUAAAUCCGGUUGGUUUGCGUGGAAGAAUGAGAAGAAUGAAAUGGUUAAUGGCUAUGAAUGUCGAGUUUAUAACGCGAGUAAUGUUGAGUUUAUCACAAGAACAAGAACAGAACAUUUAAAUGAAGGACAGAAUCGUUCGAAAAAUUCCAGAACUCCAUUGCAACAUUUCCUUGGAAUUGCUGAUGAUGAUAUUGAUCCAAAUGCUGCCAGAAAUUCACCAUCACCAGUUCAAGAAUCAAGUGAUGAAGGAGCGACAGCAGCGACAUCAUCACUCAAUGAAAAGCAAUCACAUGAAGCUCCUUCAAUUGAAGAAUAUUUUUCCGAUAAUGAUCUCAACGGAAGUGACAUCGGAAAACCAAAAAAAAUAUCAACAAAAGUUCAACGAUUUAAAGCAAAUUUAUGGCUUAGCGAUGAAUUUCCAAUUAAGCUUCAAGAGCAGAUUCUUCCUAUCUUAGAUUUAAUGAGCACGCUUGCAUCCCCUCAUGUGUCAAAACUUAAAGACUUUAUAACAAUGCAACUGCCAUCAGGUUUUCCAGUUAAAGUCGAGAUACCACUUUUUCAUGUGCUCAAUGCUCUUAUAACAUUUGGCAAUGUGUUCUCUUUGGAUGCACCAGUUGAACAUGUGUCGAAUAUAAAAGAAGACGACGGACGGUUGACUUGCAUCAUUGACGAUGAAUGCUUUGAAGUACCGAAAAGUUAUGAGAAUCGUUCUGGUGAUUAUCAUCGUCAAGGUUUAGGCUUUGAAGAUGAAGAUGAACUUUUGGAAUAUGCAAUUCGUCAGAGUUUAGUUGAUUCGGGAACUGAGAAUGAAGAGGUUGACAUUUGGGAAGCUUUGAAAUGCCAACGACCUUUGACGCCAAAUUAUGGAAAUAAUCUUUAUCCGAUAGAUGAUGAAUCACAACAAUUUCAACGGGCAUUACAAGAAUCUUUACUCUAUUCUUGUGCGACUCGUGCAUCACCUGACGAAGAAGAAAACUCACGAAGCGAAAGUAUGGAUGAAAACAUUGAGUUAGCAAUUCGUCUAUCACGUGCUGAGAAGCUUAAAGAAAAUGAACUUUUAAUGGAAGAGAAUCGAAUGAUUGAAAUGGCAAUUAAAUUGUCAUUAGAAGAAAGUUAACUAUCUAUGUUGAAUUAAAAGCCUUUCAUUGGCUUGAAUACGCUGAAGAAAAUUCUAAAUCAUCUUAAACUUAUCCUCAUUGUGCAAAUAAAUUAAAGAAAAAAGAAAGAACAAAAAAAUUAAAGCAAAAUCUAUUUUCAACGAAUGUAACCGAACAGUAAAUUCUCUUAACUGUUGCUGUUCAUGAUAUUUCGUUAUAAAUCAAUCAUUAUUACUAUCAUCGUGUAACCAUUUCUUAAAGACAAUUUAUUAAUAAAAGAAAUUGAGAACAUUUUAA